GACUCACCUGCACCCAGUCAGAGCUCUGCAUCCUGGGGAGCAGACAGGUCUGGUGUGUUGGAGAGAAAGAAUGGCGUUUGCUGCGCUAGGAGACGAGCUGAGCUGCUCCAUCUGCCUGAAUAUUUAUACGGAGCCGGUGUCACUGAGAUGUGGACACCACUUCUGCCGGGAUUGUAUUGUGACUGCUCUGGAUACACAGGAGGGGUCCGGAGUUUAUUCCUGUCCGGAGUGCAGAGAGAAGUUUCUAGAGCGUCCUCCUCUGGAGAAGAACAGAAAGUUGUGUAACAUUGUGGAGAACUUCAGAUCUACACAACUAAAGGAGGAGAAAAUUGAGAUCCUCUGUACAUAUUGUGUGGAUUCUCCAAUGGCCGCCGUCAAGACUUGUCUGCAGUGUGAGACUUCUAUGUGUGAUAAACACCUGACAGCCCACAACAAGACGGUGGACCAUGUGUUGAUAGAACCCACCUCGUCCUUCAGUAAUAAAAAAUGCUCCAUCCACAAGAAGCUUCUGGAGUAUUACUGCUCCGAGGACGCCGUCUGUCUUUGUACGUCCUGCUGUCUGGUGGGGAAACAUAAAGGACAUGAAGUGGAACUUCUAGAAGAGGCUUUGAAGAAAAAGAAAGAGACACUAAGAAAUGUUCUAGAAAAGAUGACUAUGAACAGAGAGACAACUGAGAAGAAAAUUCUAAAUCUACUGGAACGCAAGAGAAAAGCACAAGAAAAAGCAGAUGAUGAGAAGAAGAGAGUGGCUGUCCUGUUUGAGGAAAUCGGGAGACAACUGGAGGUCCAGGAACAGAGAGUCCAGAGUGAGAUCUCCAGACAGGUAGAGGAGGUCUCAUUGUCACUCGAUGACCUCAUCAAACAGUCGGAGAUGCAGAAGGAUGAGCUGUCCAGGAAGAUUGGUCAAAUCGAGAAAUUGUGUAACAUGACCGACCCAAUAUCUGUCCUACAAGAUCACGAGUCGGGCACAGGUGACCAGAAUUUAAAGGCAUCUUCUGUUUGUGAUUUGGAUGAUUUUAUGAUCUCUCUUGUGUUGCACAGAUCUAUAACUGACCUUGUCACUAAUAUGCAAUUACAAACCAACUUCAAUAUACAGGAUAAAAUCAAACUGCUACUGGAUGAAAACACAGCCCAUACAUUUGUGGUUGUAGACAAUGACCUGAGAAUGGCAUCUGACACUGGAACACAACAGGUUAGACUACCGUUCCCACAGAGAUUUACAUUGUACAAUCAGGUGAUGAGUGUGGAGAGUUUUUCCCAUGGGAGACAUUACUGGGAAGUAGAGGUUGGCGAUUGUGGUGAUUGGGAUGUGGCUGUUUGCUAUCCCAGUAUAGAGAGGAUUAAAAAUGAGUCUGGUAUUGGGUAUAAUCGCAAGUCCUGGAGUUUCUGUACAACUAAAAGUAGUAAAUAUUCAUGUGUACAUGCCGCCUUGAUACAGAUGUUAUACCCGGAGUCUCCUGUGAAAAGAUUGGGAAUAUAUUUGGAUUAUGAAGGUGGCCGUCUGUCUUUCUACCAGUUGAGUGACCCCAUCAGACACCUCCACACCUUCACCACCACCUUCACCGAACCCCUCCAUGCUGCUUUCUGUUUGGAUAGAGGGGCCUGGGUAAAGCUGGUAUCUCCAGUGUUUUCUAUAAAACCAUAAUUUACAACAUAUUAUUUCUUCUUUCUACAAUAUUGUCAUCAAUAAAAUUAAUAUAAAUAUAUCUUGAAAAAUAGGGGAAACUAAAGGGAGCACUAAGCUAAGAACAUAAACCAUGAUUGCCCAAAGGAGAUCCUAACAUUUAGAACGAUACGUGUUCAAAUCUCCUUCUACUAUCUCUUAUAUCUCCGAGCUUUCUGAGAUCAUAAAGAGGGACACCUUUUUUAGGUCAAAGUAUGUAGGAAAGGGACAGACCUCUUUUGCCUUGUCCCUUUUUAGAAAAGCCAUGAAAAAUAAAUACAGUGGAACCUCGGGUUGCGAGUAACGCAGUUAACAAGCGUUUCGCAAUACGAGCACUGUAAUU